GUGGCACCGUCAUUUCUUCGUCGGCUUCGGUGUGGAAGUGACUUUGGUGCGUGCAGUUCUUCCCGGCGCGAUCCGUUUUUGAGAGUUCAGUUUCUUCUUGGCGGUAGGAGGCAGUGGUCCACUUCUGGCCAAAACGGGAGGGACCCGCCUCGAAAAGCUAGGCUAGAAGAAAAGAAGCAGCAGAAAAAAAGUGAGCACAGAGUAGGGAAAAAAGUAGCAUAGGAGCAGAGUAGCACCAUUUUUGGAUGGCCCCUUUUCGGUUCAGUUCUGUCUGGUUUCUCUUUGGCAAUCUUAAACCAAAAAUCUAAAUCAAAAAGGAUGUAACGAGAAGUUUUGGCUUUUGGAAUACAGAAAACCUAGUGCAAUAAUAGCAAAAUUUACAACAACAAAAAAGUGCAUUUUCCCAAAACAAAAAAUUCAAAAUUAUUCCACUGUAAGAAAUUACAAAAAAAAGUUACCGUGCGUCACAAUCGGAACGACGAGCAAACACCUAAUCGGAAGCAGUGCAAUUGGAGUGUGAAUUGAGUGAAACAAAGUCAAAAGCAAACCCAAAGCAAAAUGUUUUCGAUUGAAUCAAUUUUAAAGUCUCAAAUCUCCCAGAGGUAGUGUAGAUAAGAUUCCAGGGGUAGCACACAGAACAAAUGAAACAAAACAAAAAAAUGUCAAACUACCUAUGUAAGGUCCAAAUCGAAACAACUGAACCUACUAAAUCGAUCAAAGCAACCAAACCAUUUUUCGAGGUUAAAUUGUUAAAUACUAAUCAAACCACGACAAAAUAAUAAAAAGCAACCAAAACAAAAUAACUAAAAAAAAUUAUCCACUAGUGCCAAAACCAAAAAAAAACACACGGGAUAACUAAGCGGGAUAUGAUUUUUGUGUUUCACGCACGGCAUUUGAUGAAGACUCAGACCCCGACGAGGGGUCGCCCAAUGUUGUUUGCUAGUAUAACCACUACUACCACUACCACUAGUACUGCAGAAUUCGGUAGCACUCUGCCCCUACGAUCGCUCAAGCGAACGCUAGUAGCGCUACUACUACGGCCAAACAAGCAAUCGAACGCUGUCGAGAGUCAGAAUGCAGAUCCAGCACGUCCGGGACCUGUGUGCCGUGCCGGGGGCAGCAGCAGCAGCCGCAGCCGCAGCGGCCGAACUCAACUGCACCGGUGAUAUCCUGUCGGUGCAGAACCUGCUGCCACAGUUGGGGCCACCCGAGAACAAACCGCACCAGUGCCAGCAGUGUCUCAAGAGUUUCUCCUCCAACCACCAGCUGGUGCAGCACAUCCGGGUCCACACCGGCGAGAAACCGUACAAAUGUUCCUACUGUGAUCGCAAGUUCAAGCAGCUGUCGCACGUCCAGCAGCACACCCGGCUGCAUACCGGUGAACGGCCCUACAAGUGCCACCUGCCGGAGUGUGGUCGGGCGUUCAUCCAGCUGUCGAACCUGCAGCAGCACUUGCGCAACCACGAUGCCCAGGUGGAGCGGGCCAAAAGUCGACCCUUUCACUGCAAUCUGUGCGGCAAGGGUUUUGCGACCGAGAGCAGCCUGCGGACCCACACGGCCAAGGAACUGCAACUUCAUCUGGGAGUCCUUCAGCAUCACGCGGCCCUGAUUAGCAACUCCAACAGCGUUACGUGCAAUGUCUGCAACAAGGUCUUCCUGGGCGUGGAAGCACUCAACGAACACAUUAAGUACUCGCACAAAGAAGUGGCUGACUUCAGCACUAAAUGUCUUGAGGAACUGAAACAUAGAAUUUCUUACCCCACGUCUACUACCACUACAGUGAAGCGAAGGUUAGCGAACCAUCCGUGUCCGAUCUGCGGCAAGCACUACGUGAACGAGGGAUGCCUGCGGAAGCACCUGAUGACCCAUCCGAGGACGCCGGGUGGUGCCGGGGCAGCUGGGUCGGCGGCGGCGGCUGCUGCCAUUGCUUCGAUGGGUGGUCCCGGGGGGCCGUUCCGGUCCAACCUGCAGAUGUGGCCCUGUUCGGUGUGCCAGGCCGUGUUCACCCAUGAGUCGGGCCUGCUGACCCACAUCGAGCACAUGAAGAUGGACCCGAAGCAUCAGUUUGCGGCUCAGUACAUGUUCACGAAGGCAGUGGUCGAGCAACGGGAGAAGGAAUCGAACGCCGUCCUGGGUGCUAUGGGAGGGGCUGGCGGUGGCGGCAUUGGUAGCGGUGCUGGUGGACCCGGAGGACAUGGCCUUGGAGCCCUGGGUGCCAUCGGGGGCCAUGGAGGCAAUGGGACUGGUGGUGGUCCUUCGAACUCAAUGGGCUCGAUCAAGGAGCUGACCCACAGUAGCAUUUCGCCGUUGCAUUAUUCGGAGAACUCUUCGACCAUGGGAUCGGAGAAGAAUGGCGAAGGUGGCGGUGGUGGAGGAGGUGGAGGAAGCUUCGAAAACCAUCGGUUAGCGGCAGCUGGAUUGACAGGGGCCGGACCUGGCAAUCCAUUUGGGGUAGUUCCGGGCGAUAACAACAAUAGUCAGUUUUCACGGAUGAUGAUGUUGCAGGAACCAAAGUUCGAUCCGGAUAUGAUGCUUCCGACGGAUGGCACUCAGUCUGUGGUCCAAGCAGCAGUCGUUAAUCUGGCCACAGCAAUGCGCAUUGGACAGUCGCUCAAGAACAAUUCGAUACAUCACGGUGAACACCCAAUGGGUCAGCCCAAUCUGGGUCCGUUGAAAAAGAAAAGUAAUUUCAUUGGUUUUAACGAAAUGAAGUAUCCAUUGGUAAAUCGGCAGAACUAUCCUUCGCCGGAUGACCAUCAUCCGGUGGGUAGUCCUGGGGGUGCUGGAAGUUUGGGUGGUGGAGGUGGUGCUGGUCAAAAUCCGUGUGGACCCACAUCGGAAACGGCGAUACGAAUCCAACAGGCCGAGGCUAUUUUGCGAUCCCAGGCUGAAGCUGCUCUAAGGUUGGCCGUAUCCCAGGCUCAAGCAGUUGUUUCCAGCAAUUCCGGUACCGUUGGAAUAGCUGGAAAUGGUCCUGGUGGAAUGGGAAUAGGCGGUCCCGCUCAUCUGGGACCCCUCGGAAACCCUCUGCUGGGCAAUAGGUGCAAUAACGAAGAGAGAAACGAAAACUGCCCUCCCUUUGAUCCUAACGGGGAUCAUCUGCGAGCGGCCAUGAGGGAACAUCAUGCCCACCAACAGCAGCAGCAACAACAGCAGCAACAACAACAUCCCCAACAUCAUCACCACCAGCAACAACAGCAGCAGCAGAAUAACGACGAGUGCCAUCAAUUCUCGCAAAGUCCGGUGCCGAGAAACGGCCUGGACCUUACCGACGAGUUCCUAAAAAGUGAAAACGUACUGAAAGGAUGAGAGUAGAUGUAAAUUUUGAUGCCAUAUUAUAUUUAAUUUAAAUCAAUAUAUUGAAAACUACAGAAAACAAAGAAAAAUCAACAACCGCCACAGUCGGUUACAAAAGAUGAAAACGAAUGAGAAAAAUAAAGAAAAAACGAAAAGCGGUGGAAGAAACCCAAUGUGGGUGUAGUUGAUCGUUUGAGGGUGGGGAGUAGCAAAAAGGAUUUAAAGAAAACAAAACAAAAAUCACAAACACAAAUUUGAAUCUAUCAGCAAAAAAGAAGAAAACAAAUGCAAAGUAACACAAAGAACAAGAUUAAUGAAUCCACAAUACAACACAUUGAUUAUUAUACGAUAAUCUGGGACUUGAAUGUGUGAAUCAAUAACUAAAUGAUAAAAUAAAAACUGAUGCAUUAUGACAUAUUAA